AUGGUUCUGAGCGGGGCCCUGUGCUUCCGAAUGAAGGAUGCAGCAUUGAAGGUUCUAUAUGUGCAAGAUAACCAGCUUCUGGCCGGUGGGAUGCAUGCAGGGAAGGUCAUGAAAGGCGAGGAGAUCAGUGUUGUCCCCAAUCGGUUUCUGGACAUCAGUCUUUCUCCAGUCAUCCUGGGCGUCCAGGGAGGGAGCCAGUGUCUGUCAUGUGGUACGGAGCAGGAGCCGACUCUGAAACUAGAGGCAGUGGACAUUAUGGAGCUCUACCACAGCGACAAGGACUCCAAGAGCUUCACCUUCUACAGGCGGGACACAGGGCUCACCUCUAGCUUCGAGUCAGCUGCCUUCCCGGGCUGGUACCUCUGCACUAUGUCUGAAGCCGACCAGCCUCUCAGACUGACCCAGCUCCCAGAGGAUGGCAGUGGAGACAACCCCAUCACAGACUUCUACUUCCAGCAAUGUGACUAG